GAGCAGGGUGGAAGCAGUCCUCAACUCUCUCUUUCCGAAUGCCCAGAGGAAACUAAGCUGGAUUUAAAACCAGGGGAUCCUGUCACAUGUAGUGACAAAAAUGUGACAGGCCCAGAUCUCUUGUCCUGUGUGGAUGGAGGAACAUCCAUGGAGGAUGAGUCAAAUACCGGGAGAAGUAGUGUUCCUAUAUGUGAUCUCAUUAGUGACACAGGAAGUUUACUUCAUGCAGCAAGUAGCAGUGAGUCACUGAUUCCAGAUUCUGCCCAGUCUAGUGUGAAUGUUGUUUCUGACCUCGAGUUGCUUUCUGACCCAAGUUUUUUUGCUAUUCCACCUUCAAAUUCCUCUAGUCUAUUACAAAAUGAAGAAGCAGAUGUUGGCGAUCUUGUCCCUAUCACUUCAAACUGGUUACCAUUGAGUGAAGCUAAUCUUAUUGAUAUAAGUGCUAAAGCAAGCAGUGCUACUCUUCCUGUUCACUCAGGUCUUACCCCAAUCGUGGGUGAGGUAGGAGAACACUCUGAUACUGCAUCCACUAGUGACUCCAGUACCAGCUCAAGUUCUUCAAGCACAGAUGGAUAUGUAAGUGAUGAUAUGUCCUAUGAGGCAUUAGCAGAAGAUCAGAUUGGUACUGUGUCAAAAGAGCACAAUGUAGAUGUGGUGUAUGCUCUAAACAACAUGGACUUUUUGCAAGCAGCAAGCCAGGAAGUCACAAUGUCAACAACUAAAUGUGUUGUAAAUUCUGGUGCUUUAGAUGACGUUCAAAAUGAAAGCUCACCUUCAAGGCCAUCUACUGCUAAAAGUAUGGUGACCUCAAAGUGCAAUGAUGACAUGUCAGCUGUGUCCAUCUGCAGAGAAAAGCCCGUAGACUCAUUUAGCUCUGUUAUGGUAGACUGUAGGACAGAAAGCAGCAAUGAGCUGCUUCAUGAACACAAGGAUAGAAUGUCAGAAAGCCAAAAUUUUGAAGAUGAAUCCAUGACUGUAUCAGCAGCCAACUUUGAGGUAAAAGGUGGAGAUAAAUCCUUGCAGCUGGCACAUCUGUCAUCUGUAGCCCAAGGGCCUUCUGUACCGGAUGAAGGUUUCGUACAGAAGGACAUUUUGACCCAGCAACCUAAAUUACCUGUAGUAGAGAAAUCAAGCAUUGCACCUGAGCCAGGCCCUGAUCCUGUUCACAGCAGUGAGUUUGGAGACGCGGUAUUAUCAAAUUUCAUGAGUCACAAUUUGCUAACUGAUCCUAAAGACCUCUUGUUAGGUGACACAUAUAUAACAGAUGCUGAACUUGAUGCUUUUCUUAGCGAAGAAGGUUUACCUCUAAGUAAAGAAAGUGCUGUAGGACGUAUUCCAGCCUGUGAUUCUGCUGAAGCAGUUUCAAGCGGGUCUUGCACUGAAGCUUUGAAUGACGGAUUGCAGUUUUUGAAGACAGGUCAAGAUGAGGCUGAGAACAGUACAGUUUGCAGCACUGUGGAUGCCACACCUAACAAAGUUGUUUCACAACAUCCAGCUCAGGAUCAAGGAGCUCUUCCAGGUGCUAGUGUGCCCUCACCCAUCGGAGGUGCAAGGCCCAAGCAGUUGUUUCAUCAUCCACCAAAUGCACUGGCUAUAACCUGGCCAGGUAAAGUACACAACAAGGACGUAGAAGGAAAUCUGGCUGAACAGACAGCUGAAGAAGCCAGUCCAUGCAGCUCGCCUUCUCUUGUAUCACCAAUUCCUAGCAGCAGCAUUCUGAAAAAAACUAUGAAUGUGGAGUCUGAUGAGAGCCCUGAAUUCAGUGUGGAGGCACUAGGGAAACCUGAAGAUGGGACAGGAGAAAAUCAGGCACUUGGCCAGAGACAACCAACUUGGAUCCCUGACUCUGAGGCUCCAAACUGCAUGAAUUGCAGCAUUAAGUUCACUUUUACAAAGCGGAGACAUCACUGUAGAGCUUGUGGAAAGGUUUUCUGUUCUGUCUGUUGCAGUCAGAAGUGUAAACUGCAGUACUUGGAAAAAGAAGCAAGAGUCUGUGUGAUCUGCUAUAGCUUCAUCACUAGAGGCCUGAGUCAGAAGGAACAGAAGAGGGUGUGGUUUGCUGAUGGAUUAUUGCCUAAUGGAGAAGUUGCUGAUACAAGUAAACUUGCUGCUGUUGGGAAAAAGUCCACACAGGAUUCUGAUGCAGCUGCUCCACUCUCUCCAGAUUGUGCCUUGCAAGUUGCUGGACUUUUCCAGGACAGUACAAAGCAAUCAGAUACACCUGAAAAAUCGGGUACCUCUGAAGUGUCUGAAGAGCAGGCAUCUGUCUCCGAGGAAGCAGCUAGUGCCUUUAGUGUUUCUUCACCAAAAGACUAUCGAAUGUUGUGUGGGAUCGAUAAAUGUGUUAGCAGAGAGAUGAGUCUUAUUCCAGAUGAUGAGUUAGGCCUUCCCCCUCUACUGCUGACAAGUGGAGAAAGUGGAGAGGCACUAGUGGAGAACAGUCCUACUCAUGCAGGAGUAAUGAUGCUUUUAAAUGAAGAUGGGCCUAACCCAUUGACCUUCAUCUUAAAUGCAAACUUACUUGUGAAUGUCAAGAUAGUGACUUAUGCUUCAGAAAAAUGCUGGUUCUUUGCUACAAAUGGAUUCCAUGGCUUAGGCCAGUCAGAGAUAGUAGUUGUUUUAAAAUGUUUACCAGAUGAAGACACUGUCCCUAAGGAUAUAUUUAAACUUAUGCUUCUCAUUUACAAGGAUGCACAGAAAGGAAAAUAUAUAGGCAAUUUGGACAAUAUCACAUUUACAGAAAGCUUUCUGAGUAGCAAGGAUCAUGGUGGAGUUCUGUUCUUUACACCGACUUUUCAGGAUCUCAGUGAAUUGCCUGUCCCCAACAGUCCUUUCUUGUGUGGAGUUCUCAUCCAGAAAAUGGAAGUACCAUGGGCUAAGGUUUUUCCUAUACGCCUGAUGCUGAGAUUGGGAGCUGAACACGCUGUAUACCCUUCUCCCAUCACAAGUCACAGAUACCGAAAAUCUGUAUAUGGAGAGAUUGGACAUACCAUCAUUAAUUUAUUAACUGACCUUAGAAAUUACCAGUAUACGAUCCCACAUGUCGAUGGUUUAGUCAUUCACAUGGAAAUGGGCAAAAGCUGCAUAAAGAUCCCUUCAUGGAGACACAAUGAGAUUCUUAAGGUAAUUCAUUCGUGCAAUGAACAUGUCAUCAGCAUUGGUGCCAGUUUCAGCAUGGAGGCAGAUUCUCACCUGGUCUGUGUACAAAACAACGAUGGAAUUUACCAGACACAAGCCAGCAGUAUUCCUGGCCAGUCACGCCAAGUUACUGGAGCAAGUUUUGUUGUUUUCAAUGGUGCUCUGAAAACGUCAUCUGGCUUCCUUGCCAAGUCUAGCAUAGUAGAAGAUGGAGUGAUGGUACAAAUAACACAGGAAAUGAUGGAAGCUUUACGGCAAGCUUUGAGGAACAAAAAGGACUUUCGAAUAACAUGUGGGAAAAUUGACUCUGGAGAUUUGUCUGAAGAAGUUAUUAUCCAAUGGGUGGAGCCUGAGGAAAAACAAAAUAAAGGAGUCAUAAGCCCUGUUGAUGGCCAGUCCAUGGAAGGAAUUCCAAGUGAAAGGAUUUGCCAGGAAACUGAUUUUGAAGCUCAUGAUAAAACAGUAAAGUGUACAGAGGUGUUUUAUCUUCUUAGAGAGCGCGAACCAGUCAGUGGUACAGCUCAUAUUCAGUUUGCUAAAGAAAUCGCCACAGCCUGUGGAGCUGCCCUGUGCCCACAUAUAAAGACCUUGAAGAACAGAGGAAUGAACAAGAUAGGACUUCGAGUCUCUAUGGAUAUUGACAUGGUAGAAUAUCGAGCAGGGUCAGGAGGUCAGCUUCUCCCUCAAGUGUACCUAAAUGACCUGGAUAGCGCUUUGAUUCCUGUCAUCCACAACAGGACAUCAGACAGCAGCAUAUUGCCUUUGGUGAUAGAACUCAUUUUUUACCUAAUAGAAAGCCUCAGUUAG